AUGGCCCGGAUAUCAAUUCCCGUCGCUUCGCGAUUAUCGUCGUCACUUCGCAUCAGUCCCUCGAACCCAGUCGUCACGCGCAUCCUCGGCCGCCUGUCGCGGCCGUCACUUCUGUCGCUGGUGCUCGACUGGCUGGCUGAUGGGAACCAGGCCCUGACCGGGCCGUAUCUGCGACAGCAGCCGGGCGAGGCCGACUACAACGACGACGAUGACGACUUCUACCCGCCAGCAGCCUCGCUGGAGGCACUGCGCGAACACUACAGCAACGUCCAGCUGCGCAAGGGAUCUAAGCGCGAGGUGCUCGACCGCGUUCUUGAGGGCGACUGGCGUCACGGCGUCAGCAUGUACCAGCUGGCCAUGGCCGACGUCCAGUAUCUCUACGACCAUCCGACGAGCCAGAAAUGGACGGCUUUUCGGAUCGUGCCCAUGAAGCCGCAGCUGCCGGAUGUCGACGACGGCAGCGACAGCGCCACAGCUGCUGCAGCCUCAGCCAUCGUCGACACAGAAGCGCUGGUCGUGCCGCGCUUCCACCCGUCAACCUUUUUGCGCAACCUCCAGGCCCAGAUCCUGCCGGACGUCAAGGUGCACUACAAUUUUGAUCGCCACAAGCACCUGCCGCUGCUUCUUCUCCGCAUAUUCAUCCUCGAUUCCCCCUACAAUACCGCGCGGGCCGUCGUCGAUGGAGGCACCUCCGCCGCCAGCCUUGCCACCGUUGAAGCCUCCCGGACCGUCUACGUCGCCUUUCCCGACGCGUCUCCCUUUGUCUACCUGUCGAGCUCACAGACCAGCGAGCAGCAGACAGGACCCGGUGCCGGCGUCGGUGCUGCGGCGCCUCCCCCCACGGCCCGCGAAACAAGGGGCCUGCGCAACCUAGUCGUCGAGGCCAUCCCCAAGGCACUGUCCCGGCCCCAGGAGCGCUAUGGCUUCCGGCCCACCAGCAUGGUCACGCGGAACCUGAGCGAGAUGCUGCACCGACGCGGUGCCGGUCGCACCAAUACGGCUGGCGGAGGAUGGGCCAUCUAUGCCGAUGAGAAGACCAUCGAGUCGCCUCUCAGCACGGUGCUUCCAACACCGCCCCUGUCGGAAGUGGACGACGACAAGACCAAGGAGGGCGAGAGGGAGAAGCGCAGGCGGACGCUGUCUCCAGGUGCAGAGCGAGAGCGACGGCUGGCCAAGCGGAGAAGGCUUGUGGCAGAAGCGCGGUUCGGCCCCACGGCCAGGAUGGACGAUGGCCUAGGCGUCGAGCGGGUGGAUAUCGUGAUACAGGACCCCUUUCCAGGCGAUGUGCCCGGAGAACAGGAAGAUGUGGAACGGCCGACAGCGACGAUGGGGCCGAUCGACCAUGGAAGACCGAAAGGAGGCGGUGGUGGUGGCCGUCGCAGUCAGAUCGGCGCAGUCUUGGCUCGCGAGAUCGAAGUGCAGGAUGACGAGGACAUGGCACGAGGUGCAGACGAAGCCGGCCCGGAGUCGAGCAAUGUCUGGCGCCCACAGGUAGCCUUUACCUUUCACGGGUCCCAUGUCUUUGCCGGCAUACGACAGCUGGUCGAGGCCGGCGUGAUUGACGGAACGAAGAUGCCGGGAUGGAUGACGGGAGAAGAAGGCGUCACCGUGGGCGCCAUACGUCACGGCCGCAUCCGAGGCCACAAAGGAUCCGGCAUGCUAUGA